CUUUAUACCUGGCCUAUGCUCCCUCACACCUAUAGCUUACCAUCUACUUGGCUAGAAAUUCUUCAAAAAGUCUUUUCAAGUGCGUCUCCGUUGUAGCACUGCAUUCUUAGACAUCUUAUCCAAUAUUCAUAGUUGCUCACCGUUCCAUCUUAAGCAGCGAUAAGCUAUUAAUCCGAGAGCCUGAGACCUGAAAGCACAGCCUUAUUUCUUCCUAGUGGAAUAUAGGAUGUUCUCUGAAUAUGCCUCACGCUUUCUCGCCCAGUCGCAGUCUCGCAUGGUCUCUCGCUCUGAUGACAGAGAUAGGAAGGAUUGGGAUCGCAUAACAAAGCAACCCGGAAACUCCCGCUAUAUUUCCUCUCGUUCUUUUUUGAAUAGAAAAUCGGUCGACCCAUAUCAGCCCGGGGCUUCCCAAUUCUCCAACUUUGCUUUCGGAUCGCGGUAUUUAGCACAACAAGCGCCACUUUUUCACAGCGCCACUGAGGACUUUCAUGAAGAGGAUGAAGAGGCCGAACAUGAGCGGGAAAUAGCAGAUUUCUAUGCCCUUCAAAAGUCAAGGCGGCAUUUUGGGAGCAGCCACCUGAAAGAUUCAGAGACUGGAGAGGAUAGCAACCACUCUCUGGAUGCCAGCCAUCAAAAGGCUCCAAACAAAUCAGAAGAAUGGCCCGAGAGAGAAGCGGAGGGCUCAUGGCAGGCUGGCAAAUUUGACAAGUGGAAGAUUCGGGACACAGUGGCUGAGGCAGCUGAUGGCGAAGAAGUUCUUCGUGAUAGCGGCAAUGGGACGAAGGGUAAGUUGGUCGAUGUUCGCCUUGAAGACACUCUGAAGUCUUGCUAUCAUUUGGACGAUGAUGACCCAUCGGAAAUUGAGGACAAUAAACCACCAUCGGUGCAGCAAUUUCGAGAACAACCUCAAAUGAGUAACCUUGGGAUUAAUUCAUUACCUACGCCUCAUGAGGAAAGUGAGCAACCGCUAUUAGAGGAGCUGCAGCAAUCAAAUGCUGCUAUCACCCGUCAAUCGUCCGCUCAUCUUGGGAGGUUCGAUUCUUCGAGCCACGAUGUUUUCUGGGCCCACCUAUUCAUGAUAUCCUUGGCCUGCCUCUUCGCUACAGCGUUCCUUGUGUACCUCCACACCUCUCCGCCUCCCGGUGACAAGACCACUUGGGGCGAUACGAUAUAUUUGACGGUUCAUGGCUCGUUCUACCGUCUCGGCAUUUAUACCUUGGUCUCGGUUUUCAUUUCCUUAAUAUGGCUUGCCCUUCUACGGUCAUACGUUCGCCUCUUGGUUUACGCAAUAAUAUUCAUUGUCCCCGUCAUCCUUUAUUCAUUUUCCUUAUACGCUUUCGUUUCAAGCUUCCGGGAUACCGCAACUGUUCAAGACAAAGUUAUGCGAUUUGGAUCGUUCGUCCCGUUCAUUAUGGGUACCGCUUGGGUCUAUAACGUUAUACGGAGCCGCCAUGCUAUAGGAAAGGCAAUUGGUAUCCUCGAAUUUGCGUGUCGGAUCCUGGCCGCAAAUGCAGAGCUUUUACUUCUUGGCCUCGGAAAUCUCGUUCUCAUCCUCUCUUGGACAUGGGUAUGGAUGCUAAUGUUUACUCGGGUUUUCCUUGGGGGCCAUGUGGCCAAGCCGAAUUCAUUCAUUAUCAACGUCAGCAGCUGGUGGCUGGGGGUUUUCUUCGUUCUUGUUUAUCUGUGGUCUCUUGGUGUCAUCGCAGGGAUUCAGCGAGCAGUUACUGCAGCAACAGUAAGCCAAUGGUAUUUCCACCGGCUUGCAAAUCCAGCCCCAACUUCCAAGCAGAUAGUCCAGGCGGCCACAGUCCACUCAUUGACGGCAUUGUUUGGUACGAUUUGCUUAUCUCGACUUACAGCGUUGCUCAUUCGGAUGCCCUUCUUGAUACUCCCCAGACGAGUUGCCUCAAUCUUGAGUUUAGUUGCUUAUGCUUUUGUUCCCACUCCGAUCACCGCUCUUACGGACCCUCUUACACUCACUUAUGCUGCAAUUCAUUCUCAGCCUCUCUCCCUUUCUGCGCGUGGCCUCAUUCAGAUGACGAAUCUCUCACCGUCGGUAGCGACCUCGUCAUUACACCCGAAAUCGUUCUCUCGGUCUGGCAUAAAUCAUUCCCAUCUUCUUCCAUAUAAGCUAUCAAAACUGAUACUUCACGCUGUCCGCCUUAUGAUGUCUAUUGCCCUUGGAUUCGGAGGAUGGGUUAGUACUGCUAGGAGCUUUAGAGUGCCGACGGACCAUGGAGUGAUACGCGGCAGCAUAUACGCUUAUAUCGUCGGUUUGAUUGCUGGAGCAAUCGGCUGGAGCGUUCUGGGAGCGAUUGAAGGGGUGGUCGCAGAUAUCGUGGAUGCAUCCAUAAUCUGCUGGAGUAGUGAAGUGGGAGCCUACGGCAGAGAAGCAAGAUACUGUCGUGAGGCUGGUUGGUUAUUCGGUCAGGAACCGAAUCCCGAAGUUCGUUAUUCCGUGUAG